CUCGCCACGUCCCAGGCCCGUCCCUGCUAGGGGCGGUGCCCGCGGGGCUGGGCGGGGACCCGGUGGCCCGACCCUUCCCGCUUCCUCGCCAGCCUGCCUGCGGGAGGGGUAACGGCAGCUGUGUCCAGAUGGAGAGGACGGAGACCCGGCAGAGGAGGCCAGAGGAGCUGGGGCUCCCCCACACCCUCGUCGCAGGAAGAGUCCCCGCGGCCUCGGAGGAGGGAGUGCUCCCGAGUGCUCCUGAGAGCCCGAGGCUUGUUGCUAAGUCCCUGGGGCCUGACCUCUGCAGGGAGACCACCUGGUCCAUCGCCCGUCAGGUGACGGUGCCCUUCAUGUUCUCGGGCCUGGGCAUGUCUGGAGCCGGCAUGCUUCUGAACUAUUACCAGCACUGGCCCGUGUUCACGGAAGUGCAAGACCUGCUGACCUUGGUGCCCUCACUGGUGGGCCUGAAGGGGAACCUGGAGAUGACAUUGGCAUCUCGGCUGUCCACCGCAGCCAACACCGGCCAGAUUGACGACCCCCGGGAGAAGCACAGAGUCAUCAGCAGUAACCUGGCCCUCAUUCAGGUGCAGGCCACCGUGGUGGGGCUCCUGGCCGCGCUGGCCGCGCUGCUGCUGGGCGCCGUGUCUCGCGAGGAGCUGGACCUGGCCAAGGUGGAGCUGCUGUGUGCCAGCAGCGUGCUCACCGCCUUCCUCGCCGCCUUUACCCUCGGCAUGCUGAUGAUCUGCAUAGUGAUUGGCGCCCGGAAGUUGGGGGUCAACCCCGACAACAUCGCCACCCCCAUCGCAGCCAGCCUGGGAGACCUGGUCACCCUGUCCAUCCUGGCGCUGGUCAGCAGCUUCUUUUAUAAACACAAAGACACCCGGUACCUGCGGCCGCUGGUGUGCGUGUGCUUCACCGCCCUGACCCCCGUGUGGGUGCUCAUCGCCCGGCAGAGCCCCCCCAUCUUGAAGAUCCUGAAGUUCGGGUGGGUCCCCAUCAUCCUGGCCAUGGUCAUCAGCAGCUUCGGGGGGCUCAUCCUGAACAAGACCAUCUCCAAGCAGCCCUACAGAGGCAUGGCCAUAUUCACCCCCAUCAUCUGCGGUGUUGGUGGCAACCUGGUGGCCAUUCAGACCAGCCGCAUCUCCACCUACCUGCACAUGUGGAGCACACCUGGAGUCCUGCCCCUCUGGAUGAAGAAGUUCUGGCCUAACCCAUGCUCUACGUUCUGCACCUCGGAAACCAACUCCAUGUCGGCCCGGGUUCUGCUCUUCCUGGUGGUUCCAGGCCACCUGGUUUUCUUCUACAUCAUCUACCUGGUGGAGGGCCACUGGGUCACCAGCAGCACCGUCUUCGUGGUGCUCUACCUGCUGGCGGGCCUCAUCCAGGUGGCGAUCCUCCUGUACCUGGCAGACGUGCUGGUUCGGCUGAUGUGGCACCAGGCCCUGGACCCUGACAACCACUGCAUCCCCUACCUCACGGGGCUGGGGGACCUGCUCGGGACGGGCCUCCUGGCCCUGUGCUUCCUUGUCAGCUGGCUGUGGAGGAGCAAGGCAGAGCUGGAGGCCGUCUCGGGCGCGGCGGGUCCCCCCUAAAGAUCCAGGCGGCCGGCUCGCACCGUGGAGUGUGUCCUCGGACCUACAGCCCGGACAGACACAGCAUCUCUGCAGCUGCGUCCUCCCGGAUUCGGGUCCUCUCGGGUUAGAUGCCUCAACAGACCAGACCCCGGACUGGGUGUGGCGGAGACCAGAAACUUCCUUUGUCAGUGUGCAUUGAAUGGGCCUGCAGAGUGGGAGGCGGGGAGGGGUUGCCCAGGUACGGGGUUCACGGGCAUGUGUGUGCCCAUGGGUAUCUGGCCUGAGCACCCUGAAGGAAAGGGCAUUUCCACUGCCCUUUGGGUGUAUCGGCUGUCCCUGUUUUGCACCCAGGCGGCUGGAUGGGGGUGACACAGGAGGGUUCUGUGCUGUGGCCUGGCCUCAGGGCUCUUGGAGUCACCGUUUACCUCCUGUCCUCACCAGCUCCCAGCUCAGGCCACUCUGCUGCUGAGGCCCCUCCCCUGGGUCCCCCUCCCCGCCCUGGCACACCCCCUCCCUGCUUUUGGCAUCAGAGCUGUCACUAUCUACCCCUUUUUUUUUCUUUUCCUUUAUCUUUGUUUUUUUUAAAGAAAAAAAUCUCUGCUUAGAUUUACAUGAUCAGUGAAGUAAUAAAACAUAGUUUAUAA